GGCUGAGUGGCCCAUCUUGUUAUGUACUAUCCACAGAAUUCUGUGGUACUAUCUUUAUUUCAACAAUUUUAAAAUUGGACCGCAUCGCCGUAUACCGGAAGCAUUCGUAGCAUGGCAAAGUUACCUCUCUUGCUUUCGCUUGUUGGCCUAGGCCUACCCACCCGUGAAUUCUGAAUAGUGCAGUGCACUCAGCUCAGCAUCUUACGUAGAAUCUAGAUCUAGGCCAAGCAGAAGGCUUGUUGUGUGUCAGAAAGACAGUAACAUUAACAAUACCAUUUGAUUGAAUGGGAUGGAAGUAAAAGAACAGUAAAGGAACUUGGAAAUAAUACAGGUAAACUUGGAAGAUCAGAAUGCCUCUUGUAGUGAUGUGUGGCUUUCCUGCUAGUGGCAAAACCACCCGUUGCCAACAGCUGUGCAGCCAUCUGUCUUCUCAGUUUCCUUCAAAACAAGUUCAUGUCGUCAAUGAAAAUGCAGAAGGCUCAAGCCGCAACGAAUUGUACGCCAACUCUCAUAAAGAACGUGAAGUGCGAGGAGACCUAAAGUCUUCCGUUCAGAGGCUUCUUAGUAAGGAUGAUGUUGUGAUUCUGGACUCUAUGAAUUACAUCAAAGGUUUCAGAUAUGAACUGUUCUGUGUAACUAAGUCUUGUCGGACUCCACACUGUGUGAUAUAUUGUGUGACAGAUGCAGAGACGUCCAAAUCAUGGAAUCUUAUGCGUGCUGAAAGCGAACAAUUUGACCCUCUUUUGAUGGAUGAGCUUAUCAUGAGAUUCGAAUGCCCUUCUCCAAACAAUCGCUGGGAUAAACCACUGUUUUCAGUCGUGAAAGAUGAAGAAUUAGACUUUGCUACUGUAUGUGAUGCUUUAUUUGAACAGAAAGCCCCAGCACCUAACCAGUCUACACAAUCGCAGCCUUUGUCGUCCACUAAUUUUCUGUAUGAGCUCGAUAAGAGGACACAAGACAUUGUUACUGAAAUUGUUAGUGCCCAAAAGACAGCAGUUCCUGGUGACGUGAUCAAAGUAGCGGACAGCAAAGAGAGCAUCACUGUGACUAGAACUGUGGGUUUAUCAGAACUUCAGCGCCAUAGGCGGCAGUUCAUUACCUAUACAAAGAUGCACCCAGUGGAUGACAUUCAGAAACUUUCAAGCAUGUUUAUGCAGUACCUACAGAAGAGUUUAGAUAAUUAAUAUGUUCUGUCUUGUCUUGAAUUUUUUUUUUGACCUGAUUAAAUUCAAAGAUCUCAGACAAA